GGGACACAAGGCGUGGGGAGGGCUGCUGCGCCCGCACAUGGCUGCAGCCCCCAGCGCGCACCCCGAAGCGCCGCGCCCAGCUAUCCAAAGGUCUGUCGGCUGCGCCCAGCCGCCCAGCAACCAGGCAGCCGCUGAGCGGGGAAGUGCCCGCGUCCGAGAAUCGGGAUGUCCCUCCUCCCGCUCCUCUUGCUAGUUUCCUAUUAUGUUGGAACCUUGGGAACUCACACUGAGAUCAAGAGAGUGGCAGAGGAAAAGGUCACUUUGCCCUGCCACCAUCAACUGGGGCUUCCAGAAAAAGACACGCUAGAUAUCGAAUGGCUGCUCACUGAUAAUGAAGGAAACCAAAAAGUGGUGAUCACUUACUCCAGUCGUCAUGUCUACAAUAACUUAACUGAGGAACAGAAGGGCCGAGUGGCAUUUGCUUCCAAUUUCCUGGCAGGAGAUGCCUCCCUGCAGAUCGAGCCUCUAAAACCCAGUGAUGAGGGCAGGUAUACCUGCAAGGUGAAGAAUUCAGGGCGUUAUGUGUGGAGCCACGUCAUCUUAAAAGUCUUAGUGAGACCAUCCAAGCCCAAGUGUGAGUUGGAAGGAGACCUGACAGAAGGAAGUGAUCUGACUCUGCAAUGUGAGUCAUCCUCUGGCACAAAGCCCAUUGUGUAUUACUGGCAGCGAAUCCCGGAGAAAGAGGGAGAGGAUGAACAUUUGCCUCCCAAAUCCAGGAUUGACUACAACAACCCUGGCAGAGUUCUGUUGCAGAAUCUCACCAUGUCUUCUUCUGGGCUCUACCAGUGCACAGCAGGCAAUGAGGCUGGGAAGGAAAGCUGUGUGGUGCGAGUGACUGUACAGUAUGUACAAAGCAUCGGCAUGGUUGCAGGAGCAGUGACAGGUAUUGUGGCUGGAGCCCUGCUGAUUUUCCUCUUGGUGUGGCUGUUAAUCCGAAGGAAAGACAAAGAGAGAUAUGAGGAAGAAGAGAGACCAAAUGAAAUUCGAGAAGAUGCUGAAGCCCCCAAAGCCCGGCUUGUGAAACCUAGCUCCUCUUCCUCAGGUUCUCGGAGCUCACGCUCCGGUUCUUCUUCCACUCGCUCCACAGCAAAUAGUGCCUCACGCAGCCAGCGGACACUGUCAACUGAAGCAGCACCCCAGCCUGGGCUGGCCACCCAGGCAUACAGCCUAGUGGGGCCAGAAGUGAGAGGCUCUGAACCAAAGAAAGUUCAUCAUGCCACCCUGACCAAAGCAGAAAACACACCCAGCAUGAUCCCCAGCCAGAGCAGAGCCUUCCAAACUGUCUGAAUUACAGUGGACUUGACUCCCAUGCUUUCCUAGGAGUCAGGAUCUUAGGACUCUUCUAGUCAUUGGAGUUCAGUCACCAGCCACACAACCCACUCAAAUUAGAUAAGAGGUCAUUUAAGUACCAGUGAACAUCACAUGGAACAGAUUCAGAUGAGCACUUUACUUAUACACUAUCAAAUGAGCAAAAGAAUGUAAGCUGAUCAUCUCCAAAAAGGCACCUAUUGACCUUUAGACCAGAGUUGGGGGGCAGAGGGAAAUAGGAAUACAAAUCUGUCUAUUGACCAGGACCUGUGGUGAGGAGGUUGGGGAAAAGUGAAGUGAAUGCUCCUAAAACUACUCACCAGGGAUGGUUUGUAUCAAUACUUCAAUUUACUAUUGUCAAGAAGAAAUGAGGUGUUUUUCAUAAAUUUUCUAUGCAUUUCUGCAAACCUACUGGAUUAUUGUGAUUAUUCAGAUAAUCUAACAGAACCCACAGCCUUAUAUUAAACCGAUCUGUACCAUGUAUGGGACUAACCAUUCCCAAGAAACUCCAAAAAAAGGAAACAUGUCUCUUCUGUUCAACUUACUUUCAUAUGUCAUAAGUUUGGAUAUUAAUUUCAGAAGGAGUUGAAAUAGUGGUAGUGAGAGAUGGAGAAGAGUGAUUGUGUUUCUCCUACUCUUAUCUAUUGCUAUUAAUUUUCUUCACACUGAACCCCAAACUAAGAACUAAAAAAGGAGUUCAAAAUGUGUGACAAGGGCCUAUGGAAAGCUUACCAUAUUGAGGUUCAGAGGAUUGCUGACAAAUAUCAGAAAUAUAUACUGGAGCAAUUCUGAGUUUUUCCCUCAAAUCAGAUGCCUCUAAGGACUACCCUGCUGGAUAUCUCCAGAAGACGCAAAUAUUCAUUACAGGUUAUUUAACAAUGUCCUUAGCAAGAAGUUCUCUAGAGAAAAUGAUUCAGAGAUGUUGAAUCUGACAUACUAUUAUAGUUUCUUUGGAGAAUAUGUGAAACCAGAAUUUCAAGACUGAUUGGUCUACAAAGAGAGAUUAGAUCAGUUUUCUCUUAAUAUGCCAGGAA